CGGCCUGUGGCGGGUGCGAGAGAGUGCGGGGGGAGGGGUGGGGGGGGUCCUGAGGCGCCGCUGUCACUGUCGUCUUCCCGCCCAGGCCCGCGUAGCCAGGCCAGACCGGCCCAGCCCUGUCCGCCCGCGGCGCGGCGCGGCAGGACCAUGUCGGCCACGGACGAGCGGGCCAAGGAGAUCCUCCGGGGCUUCAAGCUAAACUGGAUGAACCUUCGGGAUGCAGAAACAGGGAAGAUCCUUUGGCAAGGAACAGAAGAUCUGUCUGUACCUGGAGUGGAGCAUGAAGCUCGAGUUCCUAAAAAAAUCCUGAAAUGCAAAGCAGUGUCUCGGGAGUUAAACUUCUCCUCAGCAGAACAAAUGGAAAAAUUCCGCCUGGAACAGAAAGUUUAUUUCAAAGGGCAGUGUCUAGAAGAAUGGUUCUUUGAAUUCGGUUUUGUGAUUCCUAACUCCACAAACACUUGGCAGUCCUUGAUAGAGGCAGCACCUGAAUCACAGAUGAUGCCAGCUAACGUUUUAACUGGUAAUGUUAUUAUAGAAACCAAAUUCUAUGAUGACGAUCUUCUCGUAAGCACUUCCAGAGUGAGACUUUUCUACGUUUGAGAUGGGGCUUUUUGGAGCUGUUUUAGUUUUCCUCCAUACAGUUCUUGGUGCAGAACCCCCCGACUAUCCAGUGGAAGACACUCCUGUAGGCGGUGACCCCUGGGGACCAGCUCAACGUGGGUUGUGACCUUUGCCCAUCAGUUACUUUGCUUUCUCCUCUGACAAGACCAGACCAAACCCUCAGAGACAGGACCAGCUGCUCAGCGAUGCACUGGGGAAAAGAGGCUGUCUCUGAACACGGGCAAACUGAUGGUCAUGGAGAACCAAUACUGUAAAUUACGUUAGUCUCAUCCUUUGUACUUCUCUGGAUCCUGGUAUAAUCUCCCAUUUCCACUCACACUAAACUCUCAACACGUUUCAUUUUUGGGGGAUUAAGUUAACCUUUUCAUUUUUCUCAUGUUGUAGGUUUUUAACCUUUUACUGGAUUCCUGUGUAAUUGGUCCACACAUCCUCUUACCUGAACUUGUAAAAUAGACUGUGGUAUCACCUAAUGUAAUUAAAACAACUUUCUCAAUUAAAACAUUCCUACCGUCCAAAGAAGGGAAGAAACGUUA